CAUCACGUCCACCUAGCACGAACACACGACCACCAUGGCUUUUGCAACAUUGCUUACUAUCCUCUCAGAAUUGUGUUCAUCUGAUUUAAAUCACCCGAUCUGAAGCUCACCAAACCCCAAUCCCUUCAAGUCCAGAACAAUGCUACAACCAUGGGCUUUCGUGAGCCCUGCCUCGCGCGGCAUUGGCUUUGAGCUUGCACGCCGCCUGCUCGCCACCACCGAUGUUCCUGUAGUUAUGACGGCGCGGAAAAACCUCGACAAGGUCCGCGAAGAGAUACUUUCUGCAGCUGGGAAGGACGUCAAGGAGGACAGGCUACACGUAUUGGAGCUUGAUGUACUAGAGGAGGCAUCCGUGAAAGAGGCAGCCGCCCGUGCCGCCGAGCUCUUCCCAAAGAAAUCCUCAUACCUCCACCUCGCCUUCGCCAUCCCGGGCAUUCUCCACGCCGAAAAGUCCCCCUCACAAAUCGACUACGACAACGCCCUGCUCACGUUCCGCACAAACACCCUCGGCCCAUUGCUCCUCAUCAAACACUUUUCCGCCUUCCUCCCCAAGAAAGCCACCGAAAUUGCCACCGGAAGCAACAGCGCCUCUCCGUCCUCGACACCAUCGGAGAAGAAUUCCAACCCAGCCUCAACAACCGAAGAAGGCCAAGACAGCAAAAAGCCCGGAUCCACCAGCUCGUCUCCCUCCUCAAGCAGCUCCUCCUCAGAAUCCCUCUCCCGCGGCCUCCCUCCCACCGCCGUCUGGGCCACCAUGUCCGCCCGCGUCGGCAGCAUAAGCGACAAUCGCGCAGGAGGCUGGUACUCCUACCGGGCCUCCAAAUCCGGCGUCAACCAGAUCACCAAGAGCUUUGACCAGCACCUCCGCGCCACAGCCGGUGAUCGGGCCAUGGCUAUCGCGCUACACCCCGGGACGGUCAAGACGGGGCUGAGUAAAGGAUUCUGGGAGAGCGUGGGCGAAGAUAAACUGUUCACUGCUGAGGAUGCUGCGGGCAAGCUGAUCAACGUGGUGAACGGGCUGGGUGUCGAAGGAAGAGGACGAUGUUGGGACUGGAAGGGAGAGGAAAUUAUGCCUUGAUCGGUGAAGGUGAGGGAUUUCGUUGUGUUGUCGACGAUGUAUAUGCACAUUGUAUCGAUAAAGCUUGUGAUAAGUUCACCAACCUUGUUUUCCAAGAACUCGACCGAAUGAAUUAACAUUAUCAUCAUACAUAAGAUCAUUGCUCUCUUGUAUCAUCUCAACCUCCAUCUCCCCACGCCCCCUUCCACAUCUAUCUCUUCGAUUCCACCUCUAUUUAUUUGUUCAGCUCCUCGCUCCUCUUCUUCAACGCCUCCUUGCUCUCCGGCUCUCCAAGCUGCUCGGCGUUGACAAGGGCAGGGCCCGGCGUGGCAUGGUGUUCCUGAGCGGUGGCGAGGGUUCUGGGUUCAUCACUCGCACCUGCACUCGCUUGCUGCUCCUUCUGGGCCUUCUGCUCGGCGGCUUUCUUGUUCUCGACCAUGAGGCGCUCGGCCAUUU